UAGAUAAGGUUUCCUCUUGUGUAAGAUCACCUAUCAGCGUGAUGUUGACAGCACUAGGGUUGUUUAAAGACGUCUUGUCAUGGAAAGGAAAGUGAAAGGGUUUGGCUGAUCUGGGUGGUUGGGAGUACAGAGUUCAGUUGCUGUUGUCAAGUACAGUGAAACAUGUUUGGUAAGUGACUGUGUGACCGAUGGAAGGAAAAGGGCCUUAUCGCAUCUAUGAUCCUGGUGGGAGCGAUUGCCAGGUCAAAGACGAGGCCAGCAGCCUGAGCUACAGACAGCUGCUAGAGGAGAACAGCACAUUGAGGGAGAGAAUGAAGGGUUUGAAAAGUUUAGAUAUAUGUCAUACAGGUUUUGGAAAACAUGAGGGAGACCUGUUAGAGGAUUCUCAGACGGAGGCAGCGAAGCUUCGGAAGAGGGUGGAAGAGCUGGUGAGGAAUAACGAAGCUCUAAAGUCAUCCACGACCAGCUUUGCCUCCAGUCUGUCCAUGGGUGCACCUGUUCAGACAGAGACACAAGGUCAUGGCAAACAUCACGGUAAUCCUACAAUAGACAGGCAAGAAUCACGAGACUGCUUAACUGGAAAUAUUUUACAACCACAGGCAACUGAAAGUUCGUCGGAGUUUGAAGUGGUGAAUAUGGAAGAGAAAAUCAUCUCUGAAACCCAAACGCCUGGAGUGAUGCACCUGCCCCAGGAGAACGUGGAACUGGCGAGUCAACUCCAGCGACUGGAGAGUUCUUUCAGUGUGUUUGCUGAAGAGUCCAACCCAAAUCAGCUGCUGGCUCACCUAGGCCGCAUGGCUGUGGAGUUCCACCACCUCUCAUCCAAAGUCCAGAAGAAUGAACAGAGAACAUCUCUCUUACAGACACUUUGUGAACAGCUAAGACAGGAAAACAACGAGCUUAGGAAAAAAAUGGAGGAGGACCUUCAGUAUUGCAACAUAGAUUUGGAACAGCUAAGACUGGAGAACCUGAAACUGAAGGAGAAGGUUUGCGGAGGCGGCCAGGCAGCCCCGACUGAGCAGCCGAGCCCGAAAGAGGAGCCAGUGAAAGAGGACGCUGCAAAAACCAAGGUGGAAAUGACCAUGACUCAGCAGUCAGUUAAAGCUGUGGAAAAAACACCAUCAAAGACCCUCGAUCCAGAGGUUUACGAGAAGAAGAUCAAGCUUCUGGAGAAACAGAGGAGAGAUGUUCUGGAGGUGAACAAGCAGUGGGACAUUCAGUGGAAUUCUAUGAAGUCACAGUUUGAGCAAAAGAUUACAGACCUGCGGCAGCGGCUCGCUGACUCUCAGAAGGCCAUACUUGAGCUUGAAGCAGAACGUGAGCAGAAACAGAGAGACUAUGACAAAAAACUCCUCCUCGCCAAGUCGAAGAUCGACAAUGUGCAGGGUGAGAAGGAAUGCCUUACCUCAGAGACAUGCGAGUUGAAACAAAAGGUGCACUACCUGCAGGACCAGUUGCUACCACUUACUAAACAAAGAGAAUACCAGGAAAAAGAGAUCCAGCGGCUCAACAGGGCAUUAGAGGAAGCAUUGAACCUUCAGUCUCCCUCUUCCACCCAGCCUGGCAUAAAUCUGGGAGAGGGUGUGGCUAAUCUGAGACAGCAGGAGCUGCACACACAGAUAGCCGUACUGAAAGAGCAGGUCAAGAUAUUUGAAGAAGACUUCCGGAAGGAGAGGAGCGACAGAGAGAGGAUGAAUGAAGAGAAAGAAGAUCUGAGGCGGCAGGUGGAGAGGCUACAGGGUCAAAUGACUAAUCUGACUAAUCAGCUUCAUCAAGCACAGAAUGAGUGUCAGAGAGAGCGUUCUGACAGGUGUAAACUGGAGAGACUGCAGAAGCAGCUAAAGCAGGGGCAACAGGAGAGGAGGACAUCCGAUCCCACAUCUGGCACUGCCAAUGGCCCCAUGAGCCCUCCAUACUGCGGCCCGUUUGUUCAUGUGGGCCAUCAGGGUCUAGAAGGAUGGCCCAUUCACUUCCCCCCCAGGAUGCCUAACAUCAGUACGGCGCCCGGCAGGGACUUCCAGCCUGUUAACCCAGGCUUUCCCUGGCAGUCAUCCUUCCCGCAGCCACGUGGUUCUAGAGUACAAGCAGACACAGCAAGACCACCUCCAGAAAAUGCAGAAAUGGGAGCGACUGGAUUUGGGAAAAGGGAGCGCCAGAACAUAGAUCCUGGAAAGCACUAAAGACAUACUCUUUCCUGGAAUGUCUCCCGACUAGUAGCAUGAUGCAGUUUAUUUUCAUUUGGCAUGGUGUGAACUAUUGUUUUUUUUCCCCCCCUACUGUGUACAUGUAUAUAUCUACCACUGAGACAAAAGUUGUUUAUAUACUUAAGUUUUAUAAUCCUGUUUGUGAAACACUGUUCUGGCAAAUUAGGAAUAUAUACAUUAAUUAUUUUUCCUUUUUAUGAUUGAAUUUGAAAUGAUCCACUUUAUAUAAUUCUAUGCAGGAAUUGAAGUCAGUUAUUUAAUGGAUAAAAUUAUUGAACAUAAUUUUUAAACAAUAUACCUGUAGAGGUGCGUAAGGGAGAAAAAACAAAAUCUACACCAAUUCAUUGAAUGAAAAUCACGUUAUAAGUUUAUAUUUAUUACAAUGUGAUUCAGUAACGCAUCAGAAUAUAAUGUUUUGGUAGUUGUAAAUAGACUGAAUGAUUCGUAAAAGCAAGCUUUAGAAUAUUGAGCCUUUCAUCAACAAAGACAAUUGUAGGGACAACCUGAGAAAAGUUUAAAAUUUAGCAACUCUAUAGGUGAAUUGUCUUGAAAAUGUCCAACACUUAGAUUGACUGAUCUGAAUCGUGAAUCAUUCAUUGGCUGUAGUUGUGAUGGUCACGCACAGUUGCAUGUGUCCACAUCAUUUAUUGAAGUCAUGUACAACACCUGUCAAACCUUUUUAUCUAUUAGAUUAUGCUCGUCAGAGUUCUGGGAUCACUUCAAUAAGUGCUUCAGAUGGCUUGUUGAUCUUUCAAAUGCUUAUGAUUGUAAUUUAAAUAAUAAUUGAUCGAGAAGGGCCUUUAUCAGGUCCUAGUCAAUGGAUGCCAGAAGUAACGUGAUAGAUUUGCUAAUUUUGUUCAAGAUUCAGUGUUCAAAUAUUAUUCCCAGUGUGCAAAUGGAAGUGAUAAGUUAUUUAUAAUCUAUUGUUUUGACAACUGAGUGUGGUUUAUUGUCUUAUGUAAUGUUAUCUUUUGUGUAUUGUUUUGUGUCUCCCUUUACAUAUUGUAGCUACUGGAAGCUUAUAAGAUGUGCGUUUGCGCGUUUGUGCAUGCACACAGUCACCGGAAGCGGGCCAGAAUAAAUGCUAAAUUAAUGGUAUCACAUCAGUGCCGCCCACUUUCAUUGGUCUCACUCUUGAUUUAGGCUGAGCAUCAGGAGAGGAAAUAACCAAAUCAUCACAAGACUGAUUAGCAAAGGUUCCAAUGUCACACUCAUAAACGUAAUAUGUUUGGAACUAGAUGAUCAGGGUAAGAAUCAUGUCCUUUCUUCUUUACAGUCAUCUGCCACCAUGAAGGCUGUUUGUCCACAUGUGUACAAUGUUUUCAACUGCAUUGACCAAUGCUUUGAACCAAAUGGAAAACAAUUUGUAUGCUCGCAAAAUUUUCCCAAUGGCAAGCAAUUAAUUUGCAUUCAAACAAUGAUUUUUGUCAUGUAAGUGUAAAAAUAAAAAAGGCAGACUUUUCAUUUAUUAAUAUAUGGUUGAGUUACAUGUGUGUUUUUAAAAUGAAACUGAAAUGUCUGUGAGCAGAAUUGCACUCUGAGAUUUGUGCUUUAUUUACUCGUGCUCAUAAUGUGCUGGUUGGCAGUCUUGUGCUUUUUUUUCUGACUUUUUUUCCUUCAGUGGGUGAAAGCAGAUCUUAUGUGAAACUUUUGUAAUUGAUUAGUAUAAUAAAUAUAUUCUAUCUGUCUAA